UUGUAUUGUGGUUUGUAUUUUUAAAUUCUAAUCUUUUGUAUUUGAUUAUUAUUUAGAAUUUGGAAUAUUCAUUAUACUGGCUUUGUUCAUUUCUGUAGUUUUUAUAAACAGUUGCCACGUUUGUCACUGUAAAUGGGUCAUUAGUGGUAAAUUUUUAAUUAUCUCCGUAUGUAGUAGAAGUGCGUAGCACAGAAAGUUAAAUUAGUUGUGUGUAGGAAACAUUUAUAAACAAUUAAAAAGUUCGUGUUAAUUAGCAAAAACAAUGAUCUAUUGUGUUUGAUGGUCCCACAUUUUUAAGAUUACCCACGAAAUAUAGUAUUAUGUAUUUUUGAAGUAGACUGCUUUGUGUGGGCUUCAAGAACAAUGGGUUGCUGCAGUCCUAGUUGUGCGAAAUGGACCACACUAUCAGUUUCACUGGUUUGUUUGAUUAUUGGUCUAGUCUUAGCUGUUUGGUGGCAAUCUUUGUUUCAAAAAAUUGUAUAUGAAGAACUUUCUGUGUCUAAUGAAAAAACUACAGGAUAUCAGAUGUGGAAAGAAACCCCUAUUCCUAUGUACUUGGAGUUUCAUUUAUUCAAUUGGACUAAUUCAGAUAGGGUUGAAAAAUAUUCCGUAAAACCUACAUUUGAAGAACUGGGGCCUUACACAUUUUAUGAGCAUCAUAUUAGAGAGAAUAUUACUUUUAAUGAUAAUGAUACUAUAACUUAUAUGACAAAGAGGACAUGGCAAUUUUUAGAGGAUAAGAGCAAUGGAAGUCUAGAUGAUCUUCUUACUGUAUUAAACCCUAUAGUUGUGGUAGUGGCCAACAGAAUAAAAGAGGAACAUUAUUUAGUGAAGAGGGCUGUGAAUUUCUUUUUCGAAGAAAAAGGCGAAAAUAUUGUGGUGAAGAAAACAGUUCGUGACUUAUUGUUUGAGGGAUACAACGACCCUCUUAUUAAUAUCGCGCUAAAACUUAAUAUAUCUGGAUUAAAGUUGCCUUUCAAAAAGUUUGGAUGGUUUGUGGAUAGAAACAAUAGCGUAACCUAUGAUGGCGUGUUCAACAUGUACAGCGGAGGAGAUGAUAUUUCUAAACUAGGGUUGAUAACGCAGUGGAACUACGAACAUCAAACUUCUUAUUACAAAGACACCUGCGGUGUAGUUAGCGGUACUUCAGGGGAGUUGUGGUAUCCUCCACUGUCAGAUGAUGAAAUUGCUAUAUUUGCUUCGGAUUUGUGCAGCAAUGUUAAGUUGCACAGAAAUGGAACUGACUAUUUAUAUGGUAUAACAGGCAAUCAAUAUGUAGGACAAGCUGAUGUGUUCGAUAAUGGAACAUAUUACAAGGAGUCGAAAUGCUUUGCCUCUGGUCAGCCAACUGGAGUAAGAGGCGUGUCUUCUUGCAAAUUUGGAGCUCCUGCUUAUAUGUCGUUCCCUCAUUUCUAUCUCUCCGACUCUGUGUAUAGAAAUCAGGUAGAAGGUAUGAAUCCAGACCCUUCUAAACAUGCUACUAAAAUAUCUUUGGAGCCAAAUACGGGUCUGCCCUUAAGAGUAUACGCCGCUUUCCAGUUAAAUUUAUUGAUGGAAAGGACGGAAGGAAUUAAUAUUCUUUCCAACAUAAAAACAACCAUGAUGCCUUGUUUCUGGUUCGCGCAGAAAGCUGAGCUGUCAAAAGACUUAUCUUCAGUAGGGAAAAUGUUACUAAUCGGAAAAAAGCUAGGGACGUAUACAGGGUAUGGUUUUCUAGUCGUUGGAGUCAUCCUUUUUGGGGGCUUUGUGAUAUUGUUUAAAAAAAGGUGGCAUAAGGAAGGUGAAAGAUUACUAAAAUAACUACCUGAGAUUUUUUUUUGUUAUUUUUGUUAGGUUAAGUUUUAUUGUAUUAUGAAUGGUUUAUAUAGGACGUUUUUUACAUUGUUGAUAUAAAUUUUAAUUGUAGAUAUUACUACCAUUUUUUGAAGACUGGUUUAUUUUUAAAUUUAUAUUUUAUAUACCUACAGUGAACGUCAAAAAGUUCACCAAAUGGAUUAUUUUAUGUUACAGCGAUCAAAAAAAAUUAUGCUGAAUCAAUUUAUUAGGCUUAACAACAAAUGUCUCUAUGGAUACCUGGAUAUUUCGCUACUUGUAAGAAUAUGAAUAUUUCGCUAAACCAACUGUAAGAAAAUCUACAAAAUACAGUAGUUAUUUUUUGUAAACACCGCUGUGUGAAACCAACGGAGACGAACUUGCCAACGGUAUUUUACUUAUAAAACAAAUUUUCCAAUCGGGCAAGAAAAUACUUAACGUUUCAGGAGAUAUAUCUCCAUAUCCAAACCAAACCAAACCUCCCAUCGUGGCGUCGGGAUCAAAAGAAACACAAAGAACAAAGAAAAACUAUUUAAAAUAUCUAAUUAGAACUAUUCAAGAACACUUUAGUUUUUUCAACAGAUACAUCUAUUAAAAACUGUUGACGUUCUAAUACAACGGGGGGAAAUAUACCUCCUGAAACGUUAAGCAUUUUUUGUCCGUUAGUCAAAUUUGUUUUAUUAGUAAAAUACCGCUGACAAAUUGGUAUCCGCUGGAUAAACGCAGCGGUAUUUACAAAAAGUAACUAUUUUAUUUCGUAUAUUUUCUUACAGUGUAAGUGGCGAAAUACCCAGAAGACUUUUUUGGGGAAAAGUGAAGUUAGAUGACAAUAUAAUGAGUGUCAGAGUUUUCAAAACUCGAUUUUAGUUUUAUGUACUAAUUUUCAAAAUUAUACAAAAACUUUCAAAAUAAUUUUUUGAACAUUUUCGAACUUGUAUAGUCAUCUAUCUUUAUUGUGUCGUAAUGAAUUAAAAAAAAACUAAAAAAAGUUAAUUUCUAAAAUAAGGACCUUGUUGCAAGUUUGCAGAAAAGAAAUUAAACUAACAUAUACAAAAUUAUUUUACACUCUUUUUCAACAUUCUUAUUGUUGAUGUUCUUUUCUAGAGGAACAAAACAAUCUGAAAUCUGUAGGCAAUUUCACUGUAUGAUCGAAAAAUAAAAACAGCGUCCAGUUGGAUUGAAUCCAAUAUAAUUUUAUAUACAUAUAAAAUGACAGCGAUCUUAAUUUGAUAGUCAUCGCUGACGCCUUUUUUCGAUCAUACGGUAUUUUUCCUUAUACUGUAUAUUAGGAAUAUUCCUUUUUUGUAUUUACUUUGUUUUAUGUAAUUAGAGAAACUAGGAAACACAAGGGAAAAUGUAUGACAUAUCUAAUGAAAAUCUGAAAAAGGCCAAAAAAUUGAUAUAAUGUUGUAAGCCCUAAUUUUAUAUUUUGAUAAUUAUUAUUGAAAAAACUGAAACUUUUUACAAAAAUUAUUUUUUAUUUUGCCGCCAUAAUUAACGUAAUUACUUAUAUUUAAUUAUAACUUAAUAUUCUAUAUUUUGUUAGUGAUUUAAAAUUUGAUUAAAACUGUACACAGAAUUAGUGCUUUUAUGCACUCUUUCUUCUUUCCUAAAUAAUACAAUAAAUAUAUUUUAUUAAUUAAAAAUUUAUUUUGAGAACAAAAUAUAUUUGUCUGUAUUUAAUCUAGUACUGUGAUAGAUUUUCUAAUAUUAACUUUUUGCCAUUUAGACUAGGAAGGUGUGAAAUAUUCAUUGGGUGCAAUAAAUCAUUGUUAUUCUUAUAUCGAAAUAAAAUAUUUUUAUCA